GAGUCGGACUCCCCCGCCCCUCCCCCCGCCCCGAGAGCGACUUGGGCUCGCCCCCCGCAGCGACCAUGAGCGACCAAGAGAGUCCAGAAGAAAUGGCUGUUGUGAAGUCUGAGAAGGAAGAAGAAAGUGCUUGUAGUAGAAGCAGUAGUAUUGGAGGCAAUGGUGAGGGUCAGGAAUCCCAGCCUUCACCCCUGGCUCUGCUGGCAGCCACGUGCAGCAGGAUUGAGUCUCCCAAUGAGAACUCCAACAGCUCCCAGAGCCAGCAGGGGGGCUCAGGUGAGCUGGACCUCACAGCUGCUGCCGCUCAGCUUGCCCAGACUACAAAUGGUUGGCAAAUCAUUUCCACUGUCCCUGGGACAUCCACCUCCUCCAAGGAGCAAGGGAGCAAUGGCAGCGAGUCGUCACCAAAAAACCGACCUGUGACAGCUGGGCAGUAUGUGGUUGCUGCUGCCCCCAAUUUGCAGAAUCAGCAGGUGCUGACCAGUUUGCCUGGGGUUAUACCUAAUAUUCAGUACCAGGUGAUCCCACAGUUUCAAACUGUUGAUGGGCAGCAGCUGCAGUUUGCCACCACCCCAGCCCAAGUCAAUGUCCAGCAGGAUGCCUCUGGCCAACUUCAGAUCAUCCCUGGGACAAAUCAACAGAUCAUUACAAACAGAGGCGGGACAGGCAAUAUCAUAGCCGCCAUGCCAAAUCUGCUGCAGCAGGCUGUCCCAAUCCAGGGGGUUGGCUUGGCCAAUAACGCCCUCUCGGGACAAACUCAAUAUGUGGCAAAUGUCCCAGUGGCUUUAAAUGGUAAUAUCACCUUGCUGCCUGUCAGCAGUGUUGCCGCCAGUUUGGCACCCACUUCUCAGACCGUCACUUUAAGUAGCUCUGGCUCUCAAGACAGCAGCUCUCAAAUAGCGACUUCUGGUGCUGCAAUCAGCUCUUCCAACAUAGUGACGUCCCUGGCCAGCUCUGGUGCUUUUUUCACCAAUGCCAACAGCUACUCUACCACGACCACCAGCAGUAACAUGGGCGUCAUGAAUUUUUCCAGCAGCGGGACCAUGGGAACAAACGUUCAGGUCCAGACACCCCAGAGGGUUAGCGGCAUUCAGAAUUCGGACUCUCUACAGAACCAGGUUUCUGGCGUGGCACUUCAGCAAGGUCAGCAGAAGGAUGCCGAUCAAAAUCAACAGUCCCAGCAGCAGAUCCUAGUACAGCCUCAGCUUGUCCAGGGAGGGCAAACCAUUCAGGCCCUCCAAGCUGCUCCACUCUCUGGCCAGACCUUUACCACCCAAGCCAUCUCCCAAGAUGCUUUGCAGAACCUUCAGCUUCAAGCACUCCCCAACUCUGGGCCAAUCAUUAUUCGAACACCUACUGUGGGGCCAAACGGGCAGGUCAGCUGGCAGACUAUUCAACUGCAGAAUCUUCAGGUGCAGAAUCCCCAAGCUCAGACAAUCACCUUGGCCCCAAUGCAGGGAGUAUCUCUGGGGCAGACGGGGCACACCAACACGCUCACACCAAUAGCCUCUGCCUCGCUCCCCAGUGGCACUGUCACUGUAAACGCCGCUCAGCUGUCUUCUAUGCCAGGCCUUCAGACCAUUAACCUCAGUGCCUUGGGAGCGUCUGGAAUCCAGGUACAUCAGCUACAAGGGCUGCCGCUGGCUAUAGCAAAUGCCACUGGUGAUCAUAGUGCUCAGCUGGGCCUGCAUGGUGGAGGGGGUGACGGAAUGGGAGACGAAAACGCUACUGUGGAAGAAGGGGAGACUAGUCCCGACCCACAGCCACAAGGCCGAAGGAUGCGGAGGGAAGCCUGCACCUGCCCAUACUGCAAAGACAGCGAAGGACGGGGUUCUGGGGAUCCCGGUAAGAAGAAGCAGCACAUCUGCCACAUCCCGGGCUGCGGGAAGGUGUACGGCAAGACGUCCCACCUGCGGGCUCACCUCCGGUGGCAUACCGGGGAGAGGCCUUUCGUCUGCAGCUGGAUGUUCUGCGGGAAGCGCUUCACGCGCAGUGACGAGCUGCAGCGGCACAAGCGCACACACACAGGUGAGAAGAAAUUUGCCUGCCCGGAGUGCCCAAAACGCUUCAUGAGGAGCGAUCACCUGUCCAAGCACAUCAAGACCCACCAAAACAAGAAGGGAGGCACAGCCAACAAUGUGGCCAUGAACGUCUCUGCGGUCUCCAUGGACACCGGGACUUCGGAGGGAAACAGUGGGCCAACCCCAUCGGCCCUCAUCGCAACCAACAUGGUGGCCAUGGAAGCCAUUUGUCCCGAGGGCAUCGCACGCCUUGCCAGCAGCGGCAUCAACGUCAUGCAGGUGGCAGAUCUUCAGUCCAUCAACAUCAGUGGCAAUGGAUUUUGAGACUGUGAGAACCACAAGACAUGGACGAUGUACAAAUCUGGGGUUCAAGGUAGUGUGCUGAGAGGGUAGGGUCAGUUACACCUUCUAGCACGAGAGCCCAGUUCCUCUCUGCCAGGAAUGCUACCUGAAAACAAGGCCCAGCGAUCGGCUCAGACCUCUGAGGCCCAGUGACUACAUGGGGAUGCCAGAGCUUUUUUUGACUCGACUUUCCCUCCUCCCCCAUAACUUCUCCCCUACCUUUCCCUCAGUAGCUACCCCUGAUGCCAACAUGCCUUGGUAAAUGUAUAUGAUCAUUGAAAUACUUUUUAGCGCAAAAAAAAAAAGAUUCUAUAUUAUUAUUAUAUAUAUAAAAAUAUAAAAUGUGUUCAUUUGAGCAAGGAAAAAAAUUGCUGCGACCAAAGUGUUUUUGGUCUAUUUUGGAUGCCUUAUCUUUGAACAGAUGACCCCGUGGGUAGUUAAUAAGACAAUA